AUGGCUAGAAGAAGACUGCAGGUGAUUGAACAUGCAAGAGAAGACUUUGAGUUGUUUUGUUCUGGAAUGAAAAUUCAAUGGAGUCCUCUAGAGAAUGCUUCUCGUGGCUUAUUUGCAAGUAUUGGUCAAGUGGCAACGGCAAUGGGAUUUGGUAUUUCACCAAAUCCACAGAAUCUUAGGAUGGAUAGCACCACAAAGCUACUGAGCUCCACAUACAUGAGAUAUGUGCCUGUACCAGAUUUGGGUUUUCGGGUUGCUGGAGUUGAAGAGUUGGUGAUGGAAGAAGUUCUAGAGAUUGAAGAAGAAGCAGAGGUUGGGACCAUGAACAAGUUGAAGAAUAGAAUCGAUGGUUUUGGAACGAAAAUCAAGAUAGGUAAUGCAUCACUAAGAAGGUUGUUGAGUGGAGCAAUAGCAGGUGUUGUGUCAAGAACAGCAGUUGCGCCAUUGGAAACCAUAAGGACCAACUUAAUGGUGGGGAGCUGUGGCAACUCAUCCAGUGCAGUAUUUCAAUCUAUCAUGGGAGCUGAUGGAUGGCAAGGCUUAUAUAGAGGCAAUCUGGUCAAUGUCAUUCGUGUUGCGCCAAGCAAGGGUAUUGAGUUAUUUGUCUUUGACAUGGUGAACAAGUACUUGACUAGACCUGGGGAAGAGCUGAAAAUCCCUAUUCCUGUUUCAUCAAUCGCGGGCGCCCUUGCUGGAGUCAGCUCAACCUUGUGCACAUACCCUCUUGAGCUGUUAAAAACACGAUUAACUGUCCAGAGAGGAAUGUAUAAAAACUUUUUCGAUGCAUUUUCGAAGAUUGUGAAGGAGGGAGGACCUGGAGAGCUGUACAGAGGCCUUACACCAAGUCUUAUAGGAGUAAUCCCAUAUGCUGCUUCCAACUAUUUCGCUUAUGAUUCACUCACAAAAGCUUACAAGAAGGCUUUCAAAAAGGAGGAAAUCGGAAAUGUAAUGACACUGUUGAUUGGCUCAGCAUCUGCUGCAUUUUCAAGCACCGCAACUUUCCCACUCGAGGUGGCUCGGAAGCAAAUGCAGGUGAAUGGGAGACAAUACAAGAACAUAAUUCAUGCUCUUUGUAGCAUAUUUGAAAGUGAAGGACUUGCUGGCUUGUACAGAGGGUUAGGACCAAGCUAUAUGAAACUGGUUCCUGCUGCUGGGAUAUCCUUCAUGUGCUACGAAGCAUGCAAGAGGAUACUCACUGAGAAUGAGAAGAGGAAUUCAUAA